UAGCUCGGUAAACCAGUCCUGUUUGGAUUUGGGUUUGGAUUGCAGGCAUCCGUACCCAUCGAUAUCUCUACUCCCAUCCCCUCUCCUCCCCACCCCGGCCGUCGCUCUUCCCCGUUCGCGGCCGCCCACUCUCCAGUUUUUCCAUAUAAAUAUAAUAAUAACAACAAGAACAACUAUUCCUCCUCCUCCUCUUUCCCUCUCUCUCCAUCGCCGAGAGAGAUGGGUUUUGGACAAGAAGAAGAUUCUCAGAGAUGUCUGGCAGCGCCGGUGAAGUCUGCCGUCGACAAAUUUCAGCUCCUGCCGGCCUUCCUGAAGGUGAGGGGGCUUGUGAAGCAGCACAUAGAUUCAUUCAACUACUUCAUCAAUCAUGAGAUGAAGAAGAUCAUGAAGGCCAAUGACCUCCUCGUCGCGCACCACGACCCCAAUAUUUAUCUCCGGUACACUAAUAUAUAUGUUGAGAGUCCGUCGGUGGAGGUGGACCGGGUCUCUGAGGAGCUCAAGCCCCACUUUUGCCGCCUCUCCGAUCGCACUUAUGCUGCUCCUGUGAAGGUCGACAUAGAAUACUCAAAAGCAAACCUACCAAAUAAAGUCGAGUAUAAGAGAGGUGUACUUAUUGGACGAAUGCCAAUUAUGCUCCGCAGUUCCCACUGCGUGCUAAAUGGGAAGGAUGAAGAACAACUUGCUCGCCUUGGUGAGUGCCCUCUUGAUCCCGGUGGUUAUUUUAUUAUCAAAGGAACUGAGAAGGUGAUUUUGAUACAAGAGCAACUUUCAAAAAAUCGUAUUAUCAUUGAUACUGAUAGUAAGGGGAGGGUGACUGCAUCAGUUACUAGCAGCACACAUGAAACGAAAAGCAAAACGGUUUUGUUUAUGGACAAAGAGAAGAUAUAUCUGCAACUUAAUCAGUUUGUUAAGCCGAUUCCUAUCUUGGUGAUCAUGAAGGCUAUGGGAAUGGAAAGCGAUCAAGAGGUUGUACAAAUGAUUGGGAGAGAUCCAAGAUAUGGAUCUCUUCUCCUUCCGUCACUUCAGGAAUGUGCAUCUGAGAGAAUAUACACUCAACAACAGGCCCUAGAAUACCUUGAUGGAAAGGUGGUUUAUUCUAGUUCAGCAAGAACCGAGACUAGAAAGGAAAGCCGGGCAAAGUCAAUUCUCCUUGAUGUCUUUCUUGCUAAUGUCCUGGUCAAGGAAGGCAAAUUUCGACCCAAAUGCAUAUAUACUGCUGUCAUGUUACGACGCAUGAUGGAUGCGAUCCUGAACACUGAUACCUUCGAUGACAAGGAUUAUGUCGGCAACAAGAGACUGGAGCUUUCAGGGCAGCUCGUAUCAUUACUCUUUGAGGAUUUGUUCAAAACAAUGAAUUCCCAAGCUUUGGAACGGCUGAGAAGGUCAUACGAACAGCAGAAUCGCUCGAGUCCUUUGGAAAUUUUCCCUUAUUUAACUGCGGACAUCAUAACCCAGGGCUUGGAGAGGGCAAUCUCUACAGGAAACUGGGAUCUAAAGCGAUUCAAGAUGCACCGGAAAGGUGUAUCGCAGGUUCUAUCUAGGUUGUCAUUCAUUGGAGCUUUAGGUCACAUGACACGCAUAUCGCCACAGUUUGAAAAGACUCGGAAAGUAAGUGGACCGAGGGCUUUGCAACCUAGCCAGUGGGGCAUGCUUUGCCCGUGUGAUACUCCAGAAGGAGAAGCUUGUGGAUUGACGAAAAACUUAGCAUUAAUGACUCAUGUUACGACUGAUGAGGAGGAGGGUCCGCUGGUUAUUUUGUGUUAUAGUCUAGGUGUACAAGACUUGUCAUCUCUCUCUGCAGAAGAAAUCCAUACACCAGGAUCAUAUUUGGUCAUAUUUAAUGGGCUGAUACUUGGGAAACAUGAGGCACCAAAGCGAUUUGCUAAUGCAAUGAGAAGCUUGCGAAGAUCGGGUAAGAUUGGGGAGUUCGUUAGCAUUUAUGUCAAUGAUAAGCAGCACUGUGUUUAUGUCGCUUCUGAUGGUGGUCGUGUUUGUCGCCCGCUUGUGAUUGCUGACAAGGGCGUAUCAAGGAUCAAGGAGCAUCAUAUGAAAGAAUUGCGGGAUGGCCUCCGUACUUUCGAUGAUUUUUUGCGCGAUGGGUUGGUUGAAUAUCUUGAUGUUAAUGAAGAGAACAAUGCUUUGAUUGCGCUGUAUGAGCAUGAACUGGAUAAUGAUGAAUCUGGGGCAGAAAAGGAUGAUGUUAAGAGAAGUAGCAUCACACACAUUGAGAUUGAACCGUUCACCAUUUUAGGUGUUGUAGCUGGCCUAAUUCCUUAUCCUCAUCAUAACCAGUCUCCACGUAAUACCUAUCAGUGUGCGAUGGGAAAGCAAGCAAUGGGAAAUAUUGCAUAUAACCAGCUAUGUCGAGCCGAUACUCUACUUUAUCUGCUAGUGUAUCCACAACGGCCCCUACUGACGACAAAAACCAUUGAGCUGGUUGGAUACGACAAGCUUGGAGCUGGCCAGAAUGCUACUGUUGCUGUCAUGAGCUACAGCGGCUACGAUAUUGAGGAUGCCAUUGUCAUGAAUAAGGCAUCCCUAGAUCGCGGAUUUGGCCGUUGUAUAGCAAUGAAAAGGUAUACUGUUGUUACGGAGUCGUAUGGCCCUGAUAUUUUGGAUAAAAUUGUCAGGCCGCGCAGGAAUGUUGAUGGUUCCUUACCUCAGAAUAUGCAGAUAUUGGAUGAGGAUGGACUUGCAGCACCCGGAGAAAUUAUUCGCAAUAAUUAUGUUUAUGUAAAUAAACAAACUCCUGUGGACAGAAAUAUUUCACAGAGAGGUGACAGAAAAUACACGGACGCACCUGUGAUUUAUAAAGGACCUGAAGGCGAGACUAUUGUAGUCGAUCGCGUAAUUCUUUGUUCAGAUACAAAUGACAAGUUAACGAUUAAAUUUAUUACCCGACAUACCCGGAGACCUGAGGUCGGUGACAAAUUUAGUAGCAGACAUGGUCAGAAAGGUGUUUGCGGCACUAUAGUUCGGCAGGAGGAUUUCCCUUUCAGUGAGCGGGGGAUAUGCCCUGAUUUAAUCAUGAAUCCUCAUGGAUUUCCAAGUCGAAUGACCAUUGGAAAAAUGAUUGAACUGCUUGGAGGGAAGGCUGGCGUAUCUUGUGGAAGAUUUCAUUAUGGCAGUGCAUUUGGUGAACCAAGCGGCCAUGCUGAUAAGGUCGAAGACAUAAGUAAAACACUUGUAAAGCAUGGAUUUAGCUACAGUGGAAAGGAUUUCCUUUACUCAGGCAUUACAGGGUAUCCUCUUCAAGCUUAUAUAUUUAUGGGGCCGAUCUACUAUCAAAAAUUGAAACACAUGGUGCUUGACAAGAUUCAUGCUCGAGCUAAAGGGCCGAGAGUGACGCUGACCAGGCAACCUACCGAAGGGAGAAUUCGUCACGGAGGACUUCGUUUGGGAGAGAUGGAACGGGAUUGUUUGAUAGCAUAUGGCGCGAGCAUGUUACUAUUCGAACGUCUAAUGUUAUCUAGUGACCCUUAUCAAGUUCAGGUUUGCCGCAAAUGUGGAUUGCUAGGUUAUUACAACUACAAGCUGAAGAAAUCCUUUUGUUCUAUGUGCAAAAAUGGGGAAAAUAUCGCUACCAUGAAACUCCCUUAUGCAUGCAAGCUUCUUUUUCAGGAGUUGCAGUCGAUGAACGUCGUUCCACGUUUGACGUUGACGGAAGCAUGAUUUCUAUGACGUUGAUUGGACGAGGCAUACAUUUUUGGCGAUAAAGUUGAGCUGCGACGUACUGAUCGUAGUCACAAGUUCGAUGUUCGAGACCACUUCAGCAAAGUUGAAAAAAGAAGUUUUGAAUACAUAAAUAUAUGUACAGCAAAAAUGUUUCUGCGGACAAAAACUCUGAAACUUGUUAUUCAUGACCCUUAACGGAAACGAAAUUGUAAUUCGUUUGCUGAUGAGUAAUCUGUAAAAAUCUGCUAAAUUUUCAAGGGGUAUAGAGAUUACUAACAAUUUUCUUGCCCUUUUCGUGGCUAAAA